GGUUCUUUUGCUAUCCAUGCACUUGUUUUGCUUUGAUGUCCAACUACCACUCGAGUAUACCGGUAGAUUGUUGUUGUGUAGGGCGCCUAUCCAACCCACCGCCUUGCCCUGUCCUGUCCUGCUCUGCCCUUCCACGCCGGAUUUGCCCGAACUUGCAGUUUCAUUUGGCUUGCUUUCCCUCUGACCAUUUCCACUCGCCUUUUGCAGCGGGCUUGCCUGCCAACAUCGGCUUUGUGGGAUGCUAUGCGGAGGACUCCGAUGCCCGGGUUGUUUCGACGUGCAUCACCGUUCACCGCCCAAUGAGCCUUGAAAGGUGCACUACGCUGGCUGCGAGUAUGCCCGGCAGCCACCUCAUAUUCUUUGCGCUGCAGCGGGCCUAUUGCUACGGCGCCAGCUCUCUCCCGGCAGCGUUUGAGAAGUCCCGGCUUUUGGACAGCCAGUGCGAUUACAGCUGCUCCACGGGCAGCGUACAGAAGUGCGGAAGCACCUCGAAUACCGCGGCAGUUGCUGCGUACCGCUUGCUGGUGUGAUGCCCAAGUGUUGGCACGCCGCUUCAAGCUGCCCCAAACCAGUUUGGCACGGACGAGGAUUUGCGCAGUUAGGGCAGUGAGGUGUGGAUUCUAGGAAGGCUAUAUGCGGGGAUGGCAGGGUUGCUACGGGUCUGUAAUUGACUUUGCCUAUAUUGAGCACGAUGUAUUUCACGUAACAGCGUUAAGCCGUGUGCCUGUUUCACUUAUCGAAUUCCUCCCUUGCUAUUUGUUUAUAGCGAAAAUUACGUGUAGCGGAUCAUUCUUCCCGUCAAGUGGUUUUAGCCAUGACCCAUGGGUCACUGACUCAGAUGUUGACCUUGUCUGUUUAUCCUCCUGCUACGUACUGCCAGGAUCGUGACUUCGGCGUUACGGGGUGCCUUCUGGUUUUCUUCCUCUCCAUG